AUGGUUAAAUCUAACGGAAAAGUGGCUUUCGUCACCGGAGCGUCUUCUGGUGUUGGAUUUGCUGUGAGUGUGGAGCUCGCUAAGAGAGGCUACAAGGUGUACGCAGGCGCACGUCGUAUUGAUGCUAUGAAGCCAUUGGAAGAAUAUGGGGUCAUUCCGAUUUCCCUUGAUGUUUCUUCGAUCGAAAGUAUUGUUGCAGCUCGUGAAUUAAUUGAGCUGGAAAACGAUCACUUGGAUAUCUUAUUUAACAAUGCAGGUGUUCCAUGUGGAGCACCAGCAAUUGAAGUGCAAGAUGAACAAUUCAUGAAGUGCUACGAAGUCAACCUCUAUGGUCCAAUUCGGGUUACAAGAGAGUUCAGUAAACUCGUAAUUAAAGCUAAGGGAAUUCUUGCUUAUACGUCUUCCACUGCAGGGCUCACGCCUUUCCCCUUCGGGAGUAUUUACUCCUCCUCGAAGGCAGCGUUAUCAGCCUACAUCAGUACAUUGGCUUUUGAAGUUAAACCACUUGGAGUCAAAGUGUUGGAUUUCGUAAGCGGCGGGAUUAAAACUGAAAUCGGAGAAGUUGAAAAGCUUGAGCUAAUUCUGGACUCUUUGUAUAGAAUCGAUGGUAGGGAUCUCUUGAAAGAAAGCAGGAAGAACUUUGAUACUUCAAGAUUCAUGGAGGUGAAUGUUUAUGCUAAGAAAGCAGUGAAUGAUAUCGAGAGUGCCCUUAAUAGCAGUGGAAGCGCCAAUUACUAUAGAACUUUCAGAGGAUCCAUGGCAUCCAUGGCUUGGUUCAUCAGCUCAGUCUUCCCCAGAAGUUUCUUGGAAGCGAUGUUGGUUCAGGCUUUCAAAAUGAAAGAUGGAUUUAAUGCUGUUAAGAAGAAGUAUACCACAAAGAAUAAAUAG